UUCCUCAAAAGAAACUUAAUAAGUAAAUUAAGGAAAAAUGGGAACGACGUCGCGUGGUUGGUUUAUUUUGGUCGCUACGUCUCUGAAAUGUCAAUCUUGUCGGUUCCGUUCCCAGACUGAGUCCAACCGGAUCUACUCCAGGCUGAGGUUCCAGCCGCAGGCUGGAUAUUAUUGAUACAUACCUUCCUAUUUUACCUUUCAGCGAUGCUUCCUAAGCAAAGCCUUCACGUUUGACCUUCAGAAGAACCACAAGGACUACUAGCAAGCUCUAAGAUCCAAAAAUGGAGUUUUUGGAUGAGGACGCAAGGCCAAGGUUCCUUUUCCAAUCCAAAGCAGUAGCUUCUUCUGCUGCAAACCCACAACCCUAUUACAAGAAUCUCAGCAAACCAUUCUUUUUUUUAACCGUCUUGAUCUCAUUUCUGUUACUGGGUCUUGCCUUCUUCUUCCUCCAAAAUGAACCCUACCAAUCUCUCCUCAUUUGGGCCGCUCUCUCCCUCCUCAUCAGCCAAUUCGCUCCUGCACCCGUCACUGGUGGUGACAUCCGGGUUGGUCACGGCCCAGUCAUGGACUUUCCAGAAAUUGCAACCCAUGUAGAGGACGAAUCGAAGAAGAGGGUGUCUCAAAAUAGAUCAAAACUGCGUUGGUUUGAUGAAUUGGGGACAGAUUUGAUGCCAGUGGCCAAAACUGUUAGUGGGUGUUUGAGAGAAGAGAAAAAGAGUGAGGCUUCCGAAGGUAAUGGUAAUGGAUCAGUGGUUUUUGGUGAAGAGAUGGAGUGGGUUGAGGAGGAUGCUGAGUUUUUAAAGAAACUACUGUUGAAGCACCCCGUGGGGAAGCUGAGACGGUGGGAGGUUAUCGCCGAGUCGUUUCAAGGAAGGCAUAAGGUGGAGAGUGUGAUCAAGAAGGCUAAAGAAUUGGGAGAGAAGAAAGUGAGUGAUUCAGAUUCAUAUGCAGAGUUUUUGAAGAAGCGUAAGCCCAAUGACAAGAAAUUUGAAAGUGGGAAUCUAGAGAUGGGUGAUGAGUUGAUGGCGGAAAAUGGUGAAGUGAAGAAAGAGAGUUGGGCUUCUACUGAAGACAUUGCAUUGCUCAAUGCCCUGAAGGCAUUUCCAAAGGAAGUGUCAAUGAGGUGGGAGAAGAUUGCAGCUGCUGUGCCCGGGAAGUCGAAGGCUGCUUGUAUGAAGAGAGUUGCUGAGUUGAGGAAGGGUUUUCGGAGCGCCAAGGCUGCUAGCGAAGAGUAGAUGAAGAUUGACUGAUCAAUUUUGAACCGCAUAUGCAUUUUGCAUUGAGGAGAUAAUUUUGAUGAUUAAUGUUUGUUUCUUUGAUUUUAUAAAUUAAAAUUGAGAAUUGUUGCGUAUGGUUGAUUCGUAGGCAAUUUCAUAUCAAUAGUUCCAUUGGAGUUUGGUGAUUGGCAGCCAUUACAAUCAUGAAUGCUGUAACUCAUACUCCCAUCUGGUUUCAUCCAAUAUCAUUUGUAUAAACCCCAUGGGAUGACAUACAUUUUACAAAUAAAAUAUCUCGAUGGUAUAUUUGCAGAA